GCUCAGAAGGCUGGCUUCAGUUCGUAGUGCUUCCUGGUCACAUUGUUGUCAGUCGUAAAGAUGGCAAAAGAAAGAGCUGUCUUGGCGUGUGCAGUGGUUUUGUUAAAUAUAGCAGCGUCGCUAGCCUAUGUGGAAGACCUCGAUGACGCGUUUAAAGAGAGUAGGAUGGAUGAAGUUUGGCUGGUGAAAUUCUACGCUCCGUGGUGCGGGUACUGUAAGAAGAUGGAGCCAGUGUGGCAUGAAAUCGGCGCCGAGCUGAAGAGUUCAGGCUCAAUCAUCAAUGUGGGCAGGAUGGAUGCCACUGCAUACUCCGGUGUCGCAUCUAAGUUUGGAGUCCGUGGCUACCCCACCAUAAAGCUGAUAAAGGGAGAGCUGGCCUACAACUACCGAGGGCCCCGGACCAAGGAUGACAUCAUCGAGUUCGCCAACAGGGUGUCGGGGCCCGUGGUGCGUACUCUUCCCAGUCAGCAGAUGUUUGAGCACGUUGUGGACCAUCACAGCGUGCUCUUCGUCUACAUCGGUGGGGAGUCGCCCCUUAAGGAGAAGUACAUCGAAGUGGCCUCCGAGCUGAUCGUGUACACCUACUUCUUCUUCUCCUCCGAGGACGUCCUGCCCAAGGACGUGGUUCUGCAGGAGAUCCCCACGGUCGCCGUGUUCAAAGACGGAGGCUACUUCCUGUACGACGAGUACCGGGAUGGAGAUCUGUCGUCCUGGGUGAACAAGGAGCGCUUCCUGAGCUACUUGCACAUCGACGGCUUCAUUCUGUAUGAGCUCGGAGAUACAGGGAAGCUGGUGGCCAUCGCAGUGGUGGACGAGAAGAAUCCGACAGAAGAAGGCGCCAGGUACAAGACCCUGAUUCAUAGGCUAUCCACCGAGUACAGAGGCCAUUACAGCAGGGACUUCCAGUUCGGACACAUAGAUGGGAAUGACUACAUCAGCAGCCUCAUCAUGGGGGAGGUGGCUGUCCCCUCCAUCAUCGUGUUAAACACGUCCAACGAUCAGUACUUCCUGCCUGGAGAGCCAGUGGAGACCAUGGAGCAGCUCCUCCUCUUCAUCAACAGCAUCAUGGACGGGAGCGCCAAGGCUCAAGGCGGGGACGGCGUUCUGCAGCGCGUGAAGAGGGUCGCUUAUGAUGCCCGGUCCACUGUGAUGUCGGUGUUUCGCAGUUCCCCCCUCCUGGGCUGCUUCCUGUUCGGCCUGCCCCUGGGCAUCAUCAGUCUGAUGUGCUACGGCAUGUGCACCGCCCAGUCGGAGGACGGCCCCGAGGAGCCCCCGCUGCUCCAGAGGGACACGCUCGCCCACAACCGCCAGGAGGAGGAGGAGGAGUGGGCCCGCACGGGGAGGAAGGGCCCCGCCGAGCCGGAGGGGUCCGGGGAGGAGGAGGAGGGGGAGGAGGAGGGGGAGGAAGGGGAG